UGCAUUUCUGCAUUUCCAGCAUGCAGAGAUGUCCAGCAUGCAGAACAGCAAGAGCAACUUGAGGUAUUCUCAAGAAACUGGCAGAGAAGAGAGAGAACCUAGCUGUAGAAAGGGAAAGAAGGAAUGGAGGGCUUCCUGGAGGAGGUGGCAUUUGAGCCAGGACUGACAUCAGGAUGGAAAUGUCAGGCAGGGAGUUGGGUAAGGGGAGCAGCUCUGCCCUCCAGGUCCCCAACUCCUCCCAUCCCUACUGUUUCUCUGCCUGAGGGACCCUCCCCCUGAUGAGAUUCUGCUCCUCCCUGAGACUCCACGUGAAAUGUCUCCCCCUCCUCCUCCAGCCGCCAGCAGAAGGGGCUGCUUUCCCUUCAGCGUGCGCCCCUCCCUAAUGAUCACUCAGCCAUCCUGAGCAGUGAGUCUCAUUCUUUUCAGUAAAUCCUCUCGCUGCGUGGUGAGAAAACUGAUGCCUGGAGUCUGUGACCUGCCUAGGACCACAGAACUCGAGAAUUCCGUCUACCAGGAAUGGCAGGAAUGCUAUGCGUUCAAUGGGACUCAGCGCGUUGUGGACGGGCUCAUCUACAACCGGGAGGAAUACGUGCAUUUUGACAGCGCAGUGGGGGAGUUCCUAGCAGUGAUGGAGCUGGGGCGGCCCAUAGGCGAGUACUUCAAUAGCCAGAAGGACUUUAUGGAACGGAAGCGAGCCGAGGUGGACAAGGUGUGCAGACACAAGUACGAGCUGAUGGAGCCACUCAUCCGGCAGCGCCGAGGCACUAAGGAUGUAACUCAGAAGACCUGGGCCUUGUCCUCAAGCUGCUUGAAAUCCAAAAUCCAAAGAGACAAAGAAAAGAAGAUUGCUACAUGUGUAUUUUAUUUUGUGUUUUUUAAUUUUUUAUUUCCAUAGGUUAUUUUGAUCACCACUGAGUGCCAUAAGAUAUACACUGGAGCCACUCAGGAGCAUAAAGAGGGCAUUUUUGAAAAAUGAGAUUUAGGAAAGUUUCCUAGGGAUAGUGUUUACCUGAGGUUAGCAAAACAGAGAAAGGGGAAAUGACAUGUCCAGCAGGAGAAGCAGGCUCAGGAGGAGAGAGGCAUGAAGUUGCAAGGAGAACUGCAGUUCUUCAGUGUGACUGAAGCCAGGGGAGAUGUGGGCCGGGCGGCACUGUAACCUGCCUUGUGUGCUGAUGGCAGGUGUUUGCAUUUUAUCCCACAGGACAUAGGAAGUUGUGAAGCACCUUAAGCAGGACAGUAACAUGAUGAGAUUUGUGUUUGGAGGGGGCAGCAGUAGGGAGGAUGGGUUGGAGGAGGCUGGUUUGAAAGCAAGACCAAUAGGACUCUUCAGCCAUCAGAUGGGAAGUCAUGAGGGUGUAGGCAGGGGCAGGAACAAGGGGUGAGGCGGACAGCGGAUGGGUUUGAAUGGCAAUAAUGAAACGAAAAGCCACAGGAAUCACUAAAUCAUGUGCCGGAAGUAGGGAUAUGAAGGAGUCCAGAAUACCCAACGUGGAGAACUGGGGCAUCAGUGACUGCAAAGGUGAUGAAAAAUGAAAUAAUCGGGAGAAGGUAAGAUGUUCUGUUUGGAACAUGCUUAGUUUGAAUUUCUGUGGGAACAAAUGGAGUUAAUCCGAGGAUAGUGAGCUAAAUGGAUGGGUCCCAGGCUACGCUAGGUUAGUGACACAGACUGGAAGGGAGUUCAUUAUAAGUGAAGUUCUAAAUUUGGAUCGGGUCACUCAAGAAAAGUACAUAAAGUCAGAAUAGCAAGGGUCUGAGUGUGUGCUCCUGCAUCCAGACAAACACAGACACGAAAAAAGAGGCUGAAAAGGAGAAGACUAGAAAGUAGGAGGAAAACAAAGAGGAAGUGGGUUCAUAAAAGACAACAGACAGGAGAAAAAAUCCAGGAAAGAGGAGCGGACGUAUCACAAACACACUCAUGACACACAAGAGAUAGAGACAGAGAAGUGAUCACUGGUUUGGGUUGUAUAAAGGUCACCCUGACAGCAGCAUCAGAGACGUGGGGAAGAAAAAGGGAGAAUGCAGUGGGUUGAGGACUGAAUGAAAUGAGAGAGAGUCACUAACGGGCUGGGUGUGGUGCCCCACACCUGUAAUCUUAGUGCUGUGAGAGGCUGAACAGGAGGAUCACUUGAGGCCAGGAGUUUGAGACCAGCCUAGGAAAUACAGUGAGACUCCAUCUCUGAGGGGAAAAAAAAUAUAUAUAUAUAUCUAUAUAUAUAAUUAUCCAGGUGUAGUGACAGACACCUGUAGUCCCAGUUACCCAGGAGGCUGAGGUGUGAGGAUCCUUUGAGCCUGGGAGUUCAAGGUUGCAGUGAACUGUGAUCACGUGAUUGCACUCCAGCCUGGGCAACAGAGCAGGACCCUGUCGAGAGAGAGAGAGAGGAGAGAGAGAGAGAAAAGAAGAAGAAGAAAAAGAAGAAGAAGAGGAGGAGGAGGAGGGAGAAAAGGAAGGAAGGAAGGAAGGAAAAAACCCACACUGCAGACUCCUAUUUGAGGAAGCUGACCUCUACAAUCUACGAGAGAAACUCCAGAGGAGGUUGCCAAGCCCUGGCUCUUCUCUCUUCAGCGAGAGGACGUGGGGGAAAGGAGACAUUUAUGAAUCUCUUUGAGUCUCAGUCUUUUCAUUUCUAAAAUUGUGUUAAUAAAAGCCUUUCUGAAAAUGGUGUUGUGAGGAAGGACAUGAGGUUUGGCACUUAGGAGGUGUUCAGUAAAUGGUGGUUAUUAUUGUUAGAAUGAGAGAAAGCAAAAGAGAGCCUCAGGCAAAACAGUAAAGAACAGAGAAAACAGAACAGGAAAGGAAACAGCAUCUGUGGGCUCCAGAAGCGCCCAGAGCUCCCACCCUCCCUCGCCCACCUGCGCACUCACCCCUGAUGGCCCAGGU